AUGCGGCGGACGACCAGGCCCUGGUGCUACGAGCACCGUGCCCNGGAGCAAGCGGCGCCCGCCGGGAACUCCUACAGCAGCACCCACAGCGUCGCCAGAAGCGGUGUCAGGGACAUGGGCAGCCACACACCUCAGGAUCUGGGUGCCGUCGCUAGCGCCGCCACGGACGUCGCCAAGCCACCCCUGCUUCCCUCCGCGAUGACGACGGUCGCCAAGCUAGACGGCGGUCCUCUAGGUAGUGCAAGGCCGGCCAUCAUGAUUGCCACGGCGACGGAGACGCUGGCGGCGGCGGUGCCGGCGGCGGUGUUGAGCCUGACCUCCUCGACACCAGUUAAGUCUUCCGCCCCCGUGUGCAAGACUGGGGGCAACUACACCACCGAUGUGACCCCGCGACUGCUGCCGUCGUCGGAGCUAAGGUCGACGGCCGCCCCUUCCCGUACAGCCGUGCGCGCGGCAGCGGUGGAUGCGUCUUGUUGGUCCGCUGCUGCUCGGCCGGCCGCCUCGAGUCUGCGAGGGGAUUCCAGCUCUGCUGCCUCGGUGAAGGCAGACGACGUCGUUCGCAUCGAUUCGUUGGGGCGGGCGGUACCGCUCUACAAUUGGGCAACGAUCCGGCGCCCCCCGCAGCAGCUUGCUGCGAGGCGGAGGAUGCUGAAGCGCAUCGUCAUGGGGAAAGAGCAAGCGGCGCCCGCCGGGACCUCCUACAGCAGCACCCGCAGCGUCGCCAGAAGCGGUGUCAGGGACAUGGGCAGCCACACACCUCAGGAUCUGGGUGCCGUCGCUAGCGCCGCCACGGACGUCACCAAGCCACUCCUGCUUCCCUCCGCGACGACGACGGUCGCCAAGCUCAACGGCGGCCCUCUCGGUAGCGCAAGGCCGACCAUCAUGAUUGCCACGGCGACGGAGACGCUGGCGGCGGUGGUGCCGGCGGCGGUGUUGAGCCUGACCUCCUCGACACCAGUUGAGUCUUUAGCCGCCGUGUGCAAGACGGCGGGCACUUCCACCACCGAUGUGACCCCGCGACUACUGUCGUCGUCGGAGCCAAUGUCGACGGCCGCCCCCUCCCGCGGAAGGCCCACCUCUCCCCGGGCACGCGGCGGGCGCCCGCCUUCCCCGUGUCGGUCGACGCCAUCUCUCUCCCGCUCCCGAUCUCCACAACGCGCAGGUACAGCCGUGCGCGCGGCAGCGAUGAAUGCGUCUUAUUGGCCCGCUGCUCCUCGGCCGGCCGCCUCGAGCCUGGGAGGGGAUUUCAGCUCUGCUGCCUCAGUGAAGGUCAAUAUUUCCAAGCAGGGAUCACGGUACGUAGGCACCCUGGACGCUCUGGGAUCCCAUCCGCUCACCCCGGUAUCUGCCGUUCCUUCUCCUGCUUCUGCCAUCUCCGCGGCUUCCAACAACUUGUCCUACUUCGGAAGGAGAUACGGCCUCGACGAUCAUGACGUUGACCUCUCGGAGAACGGGGACGAGGAUAGUCUGUCCCUCAACCGUGCCUCAAGCGUCGACGUCGGGUUCGGCAACUUCCAUCCCGUCGUGGACUCGGCCGAGCCCGGUGAGGUCAGGACGGCGUUCGUCCAGAACGUGAUUGACCGCCAGGCGUCGACGGUGGAAGAAGACUGCGCGCUGGUGCGGGCGGCCCGUGUCGCUCUCGGCGGAAGCGAGGGUGGCGGCGGGGCGAACUCGCCGUUACGAGUGGGUGGCAUCCUCGGAGAGGGAUCGUUCGGCGUCGUCGAGGGUGCCAGCCUCAGCUUCCUGCCGGGGGAGUUCGCGCUGAAGAGGUUAAAGGAGGAUGCGGACGACAAGGCUCGGUACUGCGCUCGCGUGGAGAUGAUCGUAAUGAGCCGCCUCGUCAACAACCCGCACCCGAACAUCGUCGGGGCCGUCGCGAUCGACGACCGAGCAGCGGCUGUGGACAUGCCCAUCCUGCUUCCGAGGGCAAACGGAGACUUUGAGCAAGUGCUCAAGCACGACGGCUGGACCAUGCCCGCCAAGCUGAGCUGCCUGCAGCAGGUCGCUUACGGCGUGCGACACAUGCACAAGGCAGGCAUCGGCCACGGUGAUCUUAAGCCAGCCAACAUCCUCCUGUUUGACGGCGGGGGCGGGAGAUUUUUGCCCAAGAUCUCCGACUUCGGUUUUGCCCGAGGCAUCGGUACCAACUUGCCCAAGCCAGGACACGNCAACCUCACGACGAGGCGAGACAAGAGCACUCCCCGCCCGUGUCCAAAUAAUACUGAUUCAGCGCUGGGAGAGAUGCGUCCCAAGAUGAUGGGAACUAUAGGGAGCAUGCCUCUUGAGGUGAUGCAGGCAUCGGUACCAACUUACCCACGCCAGGACACGUUCGCGAUGGGUGUGAUGGCCUUCACCGUCUGCGUGACCCCCAACAAGAUGCAGGCGAACAUGUUCAUCUCGCCGGUGAGACUAAAGGAGAGGUCGCGAGUACGUUCUUUGUCUCACCAGUAUAAAUAUCCUACAUCUACCGUGGUUUGA